GAGGCGCGGCCGGGCGGGAUCAUGGCGGACGGCGUGGACCACAUCGACAUCUACGCCGAUGUGGGCGAGGAAUUCAACCAGGAAGCUGAAUAUGGUGGACAUGAUCAGAUUGAUUUAUAUGAUGAUGUAAUUUCUCCAUCUGCGAAUAAUGGAGAUGCCCCAGAAGAUCGUGAUUACAUGGAUUCUCUCCCACCAUCUGUUGGGGAUGAUGUAGGUAAAGGAGCUGCACCAAAUGUUGUCUAUACGUAUACUGGAAAAAGAAUUGCCUUGUACAUUGGAAAUCUUACUUGGUGGACAACAGAUGAAGACUUAACUGAAGCAGUUCAUUCACUGGGGGUAAAUGAUAUUUUGGAGAUAAAAUUUUUUGAAAAUCGUGCUAAUGGCCAGUCUAAAGGGUUUGCCCUUGUGGGUGUGGGAUCAGAAGCAUCCUCCAAAAAGUUGAUGGAUUUAUUGCCUAAAAGAGAAUUGCAUGGGCAGAAUCCUGUUGUGACUCCAUGUAAUAAACAAUUUCUGAGUCAGUUUGAAAUGCAGUCAAGGAAAACCACACAGUCUGGCCAGAUGUCUGGGGAAGGUAAAGCUGGUCCCCCAGGAGGAAGCUCACGAGCAGCGUUUCCACCUAGUAACAGAGGGCGAGGUCGUUUUCCAGGUGCCAUUCCAGGUGGAGACAGAUUCCCUGGACCUGCAGGGCCAGGAGGGCCACCACCACCUUUCCCAGCUGGACAAACUCCCCCACGUCCACCUUUAGGUCCUCCUGGCCCACCAGGCCCACCAGGCCCUCCACCUCCUGGUCAGGUCCUCCCACCUCCAUUAGCUGGACCUCCUAAUCGUGGUGACCGUCCACCACCACCAGUUCUGUUUCCAGGACAGCCUUUUGGUCAGCCUCCACUUGGGCCACUUCCUCCAGGCCCUCCACCACCAGUACCAGGCUAUGGGCCACCACCAGGUCCGCCACCACCUCAGCAGGGUCCACCUCCACCUCCAGGUCCAUUUCCCCCUCGUCCGCCUGGCCCUCUUGGGCCACCCCUGACUCUUGCUCCUCCUCCACACCUCCCUGGGCCACCUCCAGGUGCUCCACCACCUGCACCACAUGUGAAUCCAGCUUUCUUCCCCCCACCUGCCAAUAGUGGCAUACCUACUUCAGACAGCCGUGGCCCACCUCCGACAGAUCCAUAUGGCCGACCUCCACCAUAUGACAGAGGUGACUAUGGGCCACCUGGAAGGCGUUUCACUGGAAAUAACAUGUCCAUAAGAGAAAAAUUACAUAUUCCAUUCUAUGGGAGGCACACGAAAAAUAAUACUCAAAACUCAGGGAGAGAAAUGGAUGCUGCAAGGACACCUCUAAGUGAAGCAGAAUUUGAAGAAAUCAUGAAUAGAAAUAGGGCGAUCUCGAGCAGUGCCAUUUCGAGAGCUGUAUCAGAUGCCAGUGCUGGGGACUAUGGAAGUGCUAUAGAGACCUUGGUAACUGCAAUUUCCUUAAUUAAACAGUCCAAAGUAUCUGCGGAUGAUCGCUGUAAAGUACUUAUUAGCUCUCUUCAGGACUGCCUUCAUGGAAUUGAGUCCAAGUCUUAUGGUUCUGGAUCCAGAAGACGUGAGCGAUCCAGAGAGAGGGACCACAGUAGGUCACGAGAAAAAAGUAGGCGCCACAAAUCACGUAGUAGAGAUCGUCAUGAUGACUACUAUCGGGAAAGAAGCCGUGAAAGAGAGAGGCAUCGUGAUCGUGACAGAGAUCGCGACAGAGAACGAGACAGAGAGAGAGAAUAUCGUCAUCGUUAAAGAAGCUGAAGGAAGAGGAACAGCGUUGCAAGACAAGAUACAUUCUUCAAGGAAAGAUGCUUGUCCAGCAGUUUGCUUCAUGUGAUUGAACUGAGCCUGUAAGGAUUCAUGGAUAAAAUGAACAGGAAUAGAUCUGAAUAAAGCAAAUCUGCAUACAUGGUAACCAGUAGCUCUUUUACUUUUUUAUGUUGCUUAACUGUUUUAUUUGAGGGAAACCUGUGUGAUUUAAACCUUAUAGCUUUUGCAACUUUAUUACUGGUUAUAUACAGUUGGCAAUUAUAAUGUGCAAGCAAUUGGAAAAAGUCAAGUAAAUGCUUGUUUUUAUAGUAGUUUGUUCAUGUUAAACUGUUCAUAUGAUAAUGUCUGUACACAGCACCACUGAUUACAGUAGAUGUAGUGUUGUAAUAAACUGUUUAAUGGGGCUGAUGUGUAAAGCUGUUCAAGUUAUUUGAUGUUUACACCUCAGGGAAAGUCUUGUGUUCAGCAAUAUUUAAAGAUAAUGUUACAAUGAAAACAUUGAUGCUGUUUUUAAAAACAUCGCAAUAGUUCUUGCAUAUGCCUCAACCUAAUCUUGCAUUCAGUGAGUUAAACAUACUAAUGUUGCUCUCACACAUUCAAUUUUGAUAUGAAAAUAGGUGGUUACAUAAAACCUUUAAUGCUAUUUUGCUUUCUAGCAGUGUUUACCUAGGUGGCUUGUGAAUUUGCUAAUUGACAUAUAUAUAUAAAACUGUAAAAACUGCAGCUCUUUGUGGUCUGUUUUGAGGAGAGGUGGUCCCAGGCCUGUGAUUUUAGCACUCUGAAAAUUUUCUCUCUCAUACAGCCUUGAUCCUGAUUGACACUACAGUUAAUAUAAACUUAAACUGCUCAUAUGAACUUAAACUGUCCAUAAUAAGGGGUGGAAAGGUUAGGUUUAAAAACCAAAACAAAACCCUGCAGUUGUUUACAGUUUUAUAGUAAUAGUGCUUGUUGUGUGUUCCCUCUCCACCCCCAAGGCUAUAGCAGUCUGUACAUAGUUGUGUAUUAGCAAUGUGCCAGAAGAAACCAGAUGUUUCCAUUUUUCAGACUUUAUGGGUUUGGUAUUUUCUUAAUACUUUGGGGUUUAUUCACACAUGCAUAUAAAAGAGAAGGUACACUUGUAUGUCCUUGUUCAGUGAUGGGCAUUAUUUAAAUGUCUUAGCAAAAAGUGGCGCUAAUUAAAUCUGUCAGAUGAGGUUUUGUAAAUUUACCUAAAAACAAAUUAUUGGAGCUCACAGUGAAAGUUGACUUCAAAUUCAAGAAUUUGUUUUAAAUUUCGUUGUGUCAAAUGCAAGUGAAUAGAAGGUUCAUAUAAGUUGCAAAAACUUAGUUUCUGGCAGCCUUGCACAAAGGCUCACUUGUAGUCUGUUGUAAAUUGUUAUGUAACGGAUUUAUUCUUGGAGUUUUCACUUAUUCAAAUAGCUGCACUUAAUGUUUUAAGUUAAGUUUCAAGACCUCAGAUGGCUUUAAGAGGCAACUCUUAGACAACUCGUGAUUUCUUUUUUUACCGAUUUUGAAGAUUUUACAGCUGACCUAAAAUGUUGCCCUGUUCAGGAAAGCACUUAAAUCCAUUUGGUUUUCCAGAACAUCUAAAGCAUGUGCUUACGUUCCAUAGAUUUCAAGGAAUGUAAACGUACGCUUUAAGUACCUUAUUUGCAUACGUGACUGAUCUUUUAUGCUUUACUGAGUUGGGACCAGUAGCCUGUGCAACUGCGAAGUUUUGCAUAAGUCUGAAAUGCUCUAAUAUUUUUGUCACCUACCAUUCAGCCAGGUUUCCUGCAGCCAGGUUGAUGCUUUUGGACUUGGCUACAGCUUCAGACUCUCCCCUUUUUUUUCCUUAAAUUGUGUACCUCAGUUCCUCAUGCAUGGGAUCACUGGUGUUUAUUGAACUAUUUGCUACUGAGAAGAUAUUUGACAUGUUUGUUUAAUCCUGUUUGAAAAUGAAAGCUGCCUUUUAAAAUUUUGUAAAACUGAAAGUUGUGUCAAACAAGUCAUGACUCAUUUCCUGCUUUUUGUGAAUAGGUGUUGGUUACAAACAGUACUGUUGUAAUUUUUUUUCUUUCUUUACUUAAAAACAUUGUUUACUGCUGUGUGUAAUAAGUUUAAGGAAGAAAUAACCUGCCUGUAGCUGUUACAUGGGGAAUAGCUAAUACUGGAGAGGCAGCAGGUAAGUAAUGUUCCAUUGCAUAGAUAUAUUAAAUCUGAAAAUAAAAAAAGUAAUUUUACAAGCAUUUUAUGCAGGAACUGAUAUUUUACUCCACAGUGAAAUAGAUUUAAGGAGACUGUUGCUCUUUUUACACAGAGUGUAAUUUCUCACUCGCAUGUAGAUUUCCAUUGCUGGCAAUGGAAAUAGCAGGGAGGGAAUAGCAGGGGGAAAAUAAUGUAAGUUAAACCGAGCGAUCAUUGUGACUUGAGAGAUGAGGUCCCCGUAUGAAGCCCCUUAUUUCUACCUGUUCUCCGAAUACGUAGUUUUAACUGAUAAAUGUACUGUGUUGCAAUUUAGAUAAUACUCUCUUGUUAUUGUGAGUUUCAUUUGUUAGAUGUUUUUUUAAUGAAACAAAAAAAUGUACAGAAAAAAUCCAAAGACCCUGAUAGACACCAAAAAGGAAUAUGCCUAAUGCACAUCAUGUAUAACUGGAUCUGCAGUAGAAUUUUUACCAGAUUUUGGUUUAUUAAACGUUACUGGCAAUUUCCUGUGCACGCUCAGGAAAUAGCAGUUUGGUAACUUACUGACUGGUGAUGAUGCCAUGAUGGCCACUGCUGUGCUCUUUGAUAUUCAUCCAGUUGUAUUUCAUCUCCUUUUGCUGAUGAAAGGACAAAAUAGUCUGUGAGGAGAUACUUUAUUUCUUUCAAAUACUGAUUUUAUAAGUAACGUUGAAAAUAAUAUCUUAAGGCUGUGUCCUUUAUCUUGAAAGACAAAACCAACAAGUAGUGACUUAGGAGUGGCAGUGCUUUAGCAACAGAAGUUGUUUUACUGGAGGUUUGUUUUUUAGAAGUAGAGGGGUUUUUUUAAAGUAAAAUUUCUACUGGACUGUAUGUUUUGACAGGUCAAAAAUACUUCUUCAGAAGAAGAACAUAGUAUUUUGGAAACUGUAGAGUCUUUUUUUUUUUCCUCAUUCCCUUUUUGCUUUCUGUGCCAAUAAUUUUAGUUCUGAUUGCAUUUUGAAAAACGUUUGUCAGAACUUCUUCAAUUUUUUAUUUACAGUGUGGUUUAUAAGCUUGGAUAGCUGUUGUUUUUGUGUUGAACAAGAUAUCUUAUUAAAUUUAGGCAUUAGCGUGAUUUUUUUCUUUUUUUUAAGGAGUGAGUGCUUUCUGGUUUUGUUCCUUUGAAAUUGGUGAGGCUUAGUUUUUCUAACUGUAUUUUUUUACAUGGUUGUUUAGUUGCAUACCCAAACCCUUGUAAAUUUUUUCCUAGUUGUAUGUGGAAAAUUGGAGAUUUAAAUGUUGUAUAUACUUGUCAUCUGUGUUUCUAGUAAAAAUACAUGGUAUUCUUUAUAGAAAUACUUAAUUCCUGAUUUCCUUUUCUUAUCCACUUGCUCUCUGUGUACAGGUUAAACAGACUUUGCUUCUAUUUUUAUUUAUAGAAUUUUAUACAUAGCCUCUUAAAGUUAUCAUUGGUUCUGGUGUAAACUGAGAUACAGCCUUAAAUUUCCUAACAUAAUGCACAUUAAGAUACUGUUAGUCAUGUAGAUUCAAAUAUAAAACAUGCAUGUUUAAGACUGGUACUCUUCAGAGAUCCAAGACAGUAAAUUGUUUCUGCCUUGAAAUACAAACUCCUCAAGAUCUUGGAGAAGGAAAAUGCAGGUCAGUGUGCAUAUACUUAAAGAAAAUGGAAUUCUUUCCAAAAUAAGUAUUUUGAUGUAGGAAAGAAGCAACGUGGAUUUGUUUAGGAUUUAAAUUAUUUUGUAAUUGACUGCACAGGUCUUAAACAUAAUGGUUGCAGCAUGCUAAUUAGUCAUGAUGUUUAUGCAGAAAUACUGUCUCUUGCAACUGUUUACUAUGAUGCCGUGCAAUUAAUAUUGCAGACAGGCUUGGGGUGGGUGGAGGUGUUGAGGUGGUUUUUGUUUUUUGUUGUGGCCCCCUCUCCCCCCCAAUUUAAGAUCUGACAUGCUAUGUACUUCUAGUUUCAUUUUUGCUUUAGAGGAUGAAUUACUAACGAGCAGUUUGGAGCAUAGAAUUUCCUCAAUUUGAUGUUCUCAUGGGAUUCCCCGCCCCCCAUGUUGGACAAAAUAUGAUAAAGCAUCUCAUUCUAUUUGUGUAUUUUGCGCUUGUUAGUUCUUGAAUCCUUUCUGUAGCCCCAGUUAUUGCAGUGGGUUCUAGGUUCUGGUAUGACCUAUGCCUGUGCUUAAAUCUUUUAAAGCUUCCUUGCAAAUAUACUAGUUUUACUGAAGUCUCUUGAAAAUACUAAAGAGUAUACCUUUGAUCCCAAUGAAACAGAGCAUUUAAGUUGUAAAAAUUCCCACCUAUUCAUACCAUGUAAUGUGAUUUUUACAUGAUUCAGUGCUAACACUUUGGAGUAUAUUCAAGUAAUAGACUUUGGCCUCACUCUCUUGUAUACUGUAUUUUGUAAUAGAAAAUAUUUUAAACUGUGCAUAUUAUUAUUACAUUACAAAAGAGACAUUCCCUGGAUCUUCAAAUGUAAGAAAAUGAGGAAUGUGUGUGCUUUUAUAAAUACAAGUGAUUGCAAAUUCAGUUUCCUUACUACUGCAGGCGUCCUUUUUUAAAAUAAAAAAAAAAAAGGGGGGGAAAAAAAAAAAGCCAGGUGUUUUAAAAGUGAAAUACAUUCCUGUUUGGUAAACCUUAACAUUUUUAUGACAAUUACCAGCACUGCUGACUUUCUAAAGAAAAGGCUGUAUUGUCUUCCUGUACCAUUCCAUUUCCUGAUUCCCAUUUUGCACAAGGAUGUAUGAGUAAACUAUUCAAGAAAUGGUUUUGAAAUGCAGGAGGGGGGCUUGUCGAAGUUGCAAUGCGGAAUUGCAAUGCAAAAUGUAGGGAAAUGGAUGCCUGUCAGAAUGCCUGACUCCAAAGGAUUUUAUAUAUAUAGUAAACAGUUUCCUGAUACCGGCAGGCCAAAGAGUCUGUUGAAUACUUGAGUUUCUGGAGACCUAUAUUUCUCAACAAGGUAAGAUGGUAUCCUAGCAAAUGUGGAUUUUAAUACAUUUUCAGCAGAGGUACUUAGUUAAUCUGUAAGUUUAGGGAUCAUUUCAUCUUUUUUAGAUGUUAUACUUGAAAUAUUGCAUAACUUUUAGCUUUCAUGGGUUUCUUUUUUUUCAGCCUUUAGGAGACUGUUAAGCAAUUUGCUGUCCAACUUUUGUGUUGGUCUUAAACUGCAAUAGUAGUUUACCUUGUAUUGAAGAAAUAAAGGCCAUUUUUAUAUU